AUGAACCGCAUCAUCAUCGCCCUGGCUGCCGUGUUUGCGUGUGCUUCGGCCCAAGUCUUCCUGAACCAACCGAUCCCGCUCGCGCUUCACCAACCGGCUCCGGUUCGAGAGGCUUCUCUUGCCCAUCCGGCCGUGGUAGAAAAUGCACUGCACGAGGCCCAGUACCCGGAUCAGUUCCGCAACAAUUUCUACAAAAACCCACACAUCGCUGAUGCGCUUGCCAAGCAGUCAUGGUUCGGCGACAAGGAGAUGCCCGUCUUUGAGCGUGAAGCCGACAAAAUCCCGCGCGAUCGCAUUGUGAAGAUUUUCAAGAACGCCGGAUUUGUGCGACGGCGCUAAGUCGUGUGACGCAACGACCGGUGAUCAGUUCAAUGAUCACAGGUUGACACGGCCCUCCCAUGCAGCGGACCCCCAUCCCAAUGAUGAACCUUAUAUGCUCAACUUGCCACCCAGUAACAAUUGUUUACCUUCUGUGCAUUCCGGGGAAAUUUCUACGUUCCGUGCGAAUGCUUGUGAUGUUCGUGUCUAUGUUCUAGUGUAAAUAG